AGAUGGCGGACAUCGAUGUCAAUGUUUUCUUUGACGAAUUUAAACGCUUUGUCGAAGAUCUGUCCUUCGAGAAGUUUCAGACGAAUCUUUUCACUGAAGAUAUCAGUGUUGCAGAGGAGCUCCUUGGUCUAGCUAAAAAUACUUACCAAGGAUUAGUGUUAUUUUUCUGCCUGUUCAAAGAAAUUUAUGUUUCAAUAGUGGAUGCUGAUUGUAUAGAGUUCACGGAAACCCUAGUUGCACUUAUCGAGAUGUACAGUGAUAUGACACAAAGGAUGGAGGAACGCUGUAAUAUGCUUGAGGAAAGAAACACCGAUACAGGGUUCAGAUGCCAUGUUCUUAAUGUUGGUGGCCGAGGGAGGCCACGUUUUGUUGUUUCAAAAAAUCAAGUUGAGGGAUUAAAGGACUUGGGAUUUUCCUGGACGAAAAUAUCAACAAUGAUUGGCGUGUCCAGAACAACUUUGCAUCGGAGGAGGCAAGAAUUAGGGCUCAAUAGCUGUAAUAACUAUAGUGAAAUUGAUAAUGAAGAACUCGAUGUUUUUGUGAGGUUUAUAUUGGAACAAACACCAGAAGCAGGGGAAGUGAUGGUGCGAGGUGCACUUCGGGGACGAGGGAUCUCUGUUCAAAGAUGGAGGCUGAGAGACUCUAUCCAAAGAGUUGAUCCUGUGAGGAAGCAAUACAGACAAAGACUGAGGAUUCGAAGGAGGGUAUAUAAUGUGCCUGGGCCCAACAGUCUAUGGCAUUUAGAUGGUCAUCAUAAGCUCAUUAGAUGGAGGAUGGUGAUUCAUGGUGCUGUUGAUGGCUUUUCAAGGACUGUUGUUUUUUUAAGAUGUGGUACUGAUAAUGAGGCUCCAACAGUUUUAGAACUCUUUGAAGAAGCAACAAAGAAGUUUAAUGUGCCACACAGAAUUCGUUGUGACCAUGGAACUGAAAACAUAGAUGUAGCAAGAUGGAUGCUUGCAAGACAAAACCAUGUCAAUAAUCCUGUUAUCACUGGUUUAUCUGUUCACAAUCAAAGAAUAGAGCGCCUUUGGCGUGAUAUAGGUGAUUCAUUUGUAAGAUAUUAUAGAUGCCUAUUCUACUUCAUGGAAGAAAAUUUCUUGCUUGAUCCUGUUGAUGAAGUGCACCUAUAUGCAUUACACUUUGUCUAUCUUCCAAGGAUAAACCGUUCCGUUGAAGAAUUCAUUUUACAAUGGAACAAUCAUCCUGUAAGGACUGAGAAUUCCCUUUCACCUCUUCAAAUGUGGAUGCAAGGAAUUUACAACUAUGCGCACUCAAGCCAGCCAGCAGUACAAAUGCUACUAGGUCCUACCAUUGAUCCCGAGGCAUUUGGGGUUUCUGAUGAUGAUCCAGACCCAGAAUUGCAAACGAACAAUCAUGUUGAAGUCCCCCGCUCAUCAAUAGAACUGACUGAUUCAGACAAAGCAGUCCUUGAAUUUGCAAUUGAUCCACUAACUGACGAUGGUAAUCAUGGCAUAGACAUGUUUCUUAUGGCUGUCCAUAUGAUAAAACAUUUCAUAAAUUGACUAUUGGAAGUACAUGUACAUAACUAUUGUGAAGAUGUCAAUCUUGAGGAGUCCAAGCAAGAAAAGCAAAAAAAAAGUUGGCCGAGGGCAAGCGGGUGCCUUUGGAGGCAGUGUUUGCUUAGAAGGCUGUCAUGUUUCAAUGAAGUGUAGCUAGUUGCCUUGUUGUUUAAAUUUCUAGAACUACAUGGCAUAUACCAUGUACUUUUUAUUUGCAGGGUGCUCUCUCGAGUUUUGACUUUGUUUGUUUCAUAUCCUUAAAAUAAAAUGAACUUUGUUCAAAAUAGAAAGUGCAGGCAAGACAUUUGUAUACAAAAUAAUGUUAAACACUGUCAACACACCUUUCUAUAUAGAAUGAAUACAUCCUUUUCAACAAAUCAACAUUUAUUAACAUUUUAAUAAAAUUGAGGAAGAUCAUGCAAAGAAAAGAAGUACUUUAAAUGUACAAAUAUCAAUAUUGAGAGGCCGGCUUCUCAACUCUCUAAAUUAAUGCAAUGUUUAUACUUAACAUUUAUUACAAUGUCCUAAUUUGGUUUUGCAUGAUAUAGCUCAAGUGACCAUACAAAACCAGUAAAAAAGUGAUCAAUUAAUAAUUCAGCUAUGUUAGGCCUAAAGCCUACAACUUGUCAUAUAUUCCAAUUCAAUUAAAGCUAAUAAUAUCCAAUGUAAAUGUUUUUAAAUGUCUAUCAAAUCUUAUAUUCAACUUCUUUUAUAACAUCUUAAACUUUAUUUAAAAUCAAUAGAGUUUAAACUAAAUUUACCAAUGAUUGGUAAUUAAAUUGUGAUUACUUCAUGUGAAUUAUUUAAAAUAUGAAAAUUUGGCACCCCUAAGGGUUUCCUUUUGUAUUAUAACAUUAACAAGAACAACAACAUUAACAUCAAAUUGCAAUACAAAUAACUAGCCAGUCUGAGAGCUAUUGUUCCUAAAAGAUGAACAAAAAAAUUCAGAUGGUGAUGUUAUUUCUUUGGUGCUAACUAUAUAUAUGUACAAUCCUUUCAUGCAACAUAACCAAUUGUAUGCAAGCUUGUGCAAACUAAAUAAAAUAUUCCAAUCGAAACAAUUGAAUGCAAACAUAACAUCUAACAUUUGGAAAUAUUUUACAAUUUUUAUUCUAGUCCUUUUCAAAACAGAAAAUCUACCAAAACUUUUCACUAAGCCCAAAUAGGAAAUUUAGUUCUUCAUGUCUUAAUGAUCCUAUCAGUGUGUAUAUAUAUCUUUGAAUGGACAUUGUCCACCAGCAUCCCCUUUGAGCUUUUUCUCAUGUUUGAAAAUAAAAAUAGAGUGUAAUAUAAGCAAAAGCUUAUUCUGUAUUAUGGGAACUUAUUCCAAAUGGAUAUUUGAAGCCACCUCAAUUUCCAUAUUAUAUGAAAAAGUUUAAACACAACCGCAUCGAAUGCUGGUGGACCAUAUGUCCCUUUAGGAAU